AUAUACGCGUGUGUGUGUGUGUGUGUGCGUGUGUACGUGUAUGCAGAGAGAGAGAAGGAGAGAACUAAGUGCACAUGCGUUCCACUUGCGACGAAGUGCCGCUUAAGCCGCCGCGACGCCAAAAGCUUCAGCUUGAACUGCCGCUGCUCGAGCAAAAAGACCAGCAACAGCAACCGCAACAGGACAAAGAGAGCGAGUGCAAAAAGCGUACGCGUGAUCCGGUUCAGCGUGCAGAGAGCGAAAAUUUGUUACCUCUCAAUCCGAAGAGCAUGUACUCUAACCUACGCUAUGCCCGCACAAAUCUCAGCCACAGCAGCCUGCUGCUUAAUCAUCAGCAGAGCUCGUUCGAUGGCAGCGCGCCCACUUCGACGGAGCGCACAGAGAGCAGCGAGACAUUGGACACACCGUUAACCCGGGACUCGGACAGAGAGGAUGGCAGGCAACCGUUGCCCUCUGCUCGCCUUUUGCCCUGUGCGGCGAAUCGGAUUGAGACGAAACGCUUUGCUUUGGCAAGUGCAUUGCAUGCGACAGCUCGGCUGGCAGCGAGUGUGGAUGCCUAUACAGCAGCAGCGACUGCGUCGGCAUCGACGACGRCGACGCAUUGUACUGGCAGCCACUGUCAUGGCAGCGACUGCAGCAGCAUGUGCGACUCGUGUCGACCGCAACGGCAGGCACAGCAGCAGCAGACACAGAACAGCAACAAUUUCAGUCGUACCGCCCACUCGGGACCGAGUAGCUACAUUGGUUCGGCGCGCUUUCUCAACUUUAGCAAUUUGCAUUCAGCGAAUUCGCCGCACGCGAGCUCGCGCCGCUUCAACGCGCAUCUAACAUCCCAGCCGCCGCUGCCGCCGCCGCCGCCGCCGUUUCCAUUACCAUUGGCAGGUGCAGGGCCAGCAGCUUCCAUACCUCGACGCAUCACCCGCAGCAGCAUGUCGCAGUCUGGCGAGGAUCUGCACUCACCCACCUAUCUGUCGUGGCGCAAACUGCAGUUGAGCCGGGCCAAGCUGAAGGCAAGCAGUAAAACGUCCGCGCUAUUAUCAGGCUUUGCUAUGGUGGCCAUGGUGGAGGUGCAGCUGGACAAGGAUACAGGUGUACCGCCUGGCAUGCUGGUGGCCUUCGCCAUCUGCACCACGCUACUGGUGGCCGUCCACAUGCUGGCCCUGAUGAUCAGCACCUGCAUCCUGCCCAACAUUGAGACCGUUUGUAAUCUGCACAGCAUCUCAUUGGUGCACGAGUCGCCGCACGAGCGCCUCCAUUGGUACAUCGAGACGGCCUGGGCAUUCUCCACGCUGCUCGGCCUGAUACUGUUUCUCGUGGAGAUCGCGAUACUCUGCUGGGUGAAGUUCUAUGAUCUGAGCACCACGGCUGCCUGGUCGGCCGUGGUGGUGCUGAUACCCGUGAUGAUUGUCUUCCUGGCCUUUGCCGUUCACUUCUACCGGUCGCUGGUGACGCACAAGUACGAGGUGACCGUCUCUGGCAUACGCGAGCUGGAGCUGCUCAAGGAACAAAUGGAGCAGGAGCAUCUCGAGGUGCACAACAAUGCGCGCAACAAUGGCUUCAACUAUGGCGCCUCUGGCGACAUUGUAUAGUUGACUUCAGCCACACCACAAUAAGGAAAACUUUUGUAAAAGACAUACAUGCUUAAACACACACAUAGAUGCAUAUAGACAUACAUAUAUAUUAGUCCGUUAAUCGGACCUUAGACUAAAUGCAAAAUAUUCAGAAUUGUGGAUUUGUAGCUAAUGCAAAUUGUGAUACGCAUAAGCAAUAUAUUAUGUUACUC